AAUGGUCGUCAAGGUCGUCAGGAGGCUCUACGGUCUGGUUCAACGCAUACGAUACUAGUAUGCCGAUCCGAACAGCCCCAAUACCAUCCUACAAUCCUUGAACCAACACAGGCCGCCCAAAAAUAUCCUUCGCCCUGUAGACGAUUACCAGCCGAGCAAUUUCGACGAACUCGCAUGUCUGUUCGUCCUCCAAGAGGAAUACGGUCUCAAGAGCUUCUUGCAAAUGCCAUACUUCACAGAGCAAUAUCUAGACUUCGUGCUCGUAUGCCUGGAGUACGACGAUGGGCCGGGGCUUCAGAGGCGGUCGGACUGGCGCCAACCCAGCCAACCUAGCGCCGAGGAGAUUAUGACAGAUAUUAUCCCGGGUGUCUAUAAGACUGGUGAUGACGAAGUGCGCCACUACAAGUACGCGCCGUUGGACUUUGAGGAGAAGGAUGAUUUUACAGUACUCGAGCAGUACAGCUAUCUGGUCUGCUGCCUUCUUUCGGACUACAACUGCUUCGCCGUGUUCGAAUGGCCCCAUGAGAAAUCUGAUGACCCCGACAAGAGUAUGCGCCGGGGUAUAUUGAAGAAGCUGAUAUGGCUCGUCCGGUAUAUCAUAUAUCAACGCGAGAAGAUGAACCCACAUUGGACGAUCAGGGAACUAGAGAAGCAGGCUUGUGGCAUCUGGUGUCAAAGUUAUCCACUGGUUUAGCACUGCCUGAGGUCCCCUGGUACACUAUGAAAAAUUGAAAAGCGACAGUUUUGGCAAGCCUGAUUACUCUCCAGACUACCCCAGACGGUGUUGAAAUG